GCAACUAUAAGUGAGCCUUUACCAGACUCAGCAGCAUAACCUGUACGAUCAUGGAGAGCUUUGUACUGUGCUUCCUUCUUCUGCUGCAGCUGGUACCACUGUCUGACGCUGGUUGUGCAGGACCACCAGCACUGUGCUGUGCUAAUAAAAACAACAGCUGUUAUAGGGGCUGUUUCUGUGAUGAGGCGUGUGUGAAAUUAGGCGACUGCUGUUCUGACUACGUCUCCACCUGCACACAGCAUUUCCAAACAGUGGUGCUGCAACUUCAAGCAGCUGUUUCAUUCCCCAAUAACCAGAACGCUGCUGUGGUGUCAGAGAGCAUUUCUCAGUUUCUCUCCCAGACCUUCAUCCAGCAGAACUGCAAGAACUGCACCAUAGAAAUGAUUUACACCAAGCUGGUCUGACUGAGCACGGUUCAUCCUACAAACACCUGGAGACUGAAGAAUGGAAAAUCCGAUGUGAGCGUCCAUGUCGUCCACGCCGUCCGUCUGUGGAGGCUCCCUCCGCUCCCUGCGGUGUGCGCAUGUCGAAGGCCCCAGUGUUAUUGAUCCUGAUUGGGCCUCACAGGAGGGGAUUCCGGC